AACACACACUGAGCAUGCGUCGUCGGAAUAAUGGAGGACUGUCUUUUCCACCCGGACUGAUGAUGUCUGUACUUCUACUCUACUACCUGCUCUGAAAGAAAAAAACAAAACAAAACUUCCUUCAGCUUGUAGUUGGAAAACCCAAGAUGACAGACACACCGGCUCAGAGCAUGGGUUCCAGGGUAAUGACUUUCACCCCCUCCAAGGAGGAGUUCAAGGACUUCAGCCGCUACAUUGCCUAUAUGGAGUCACAAGGAGCCCACAAAGCUGGAAUGUCUAAAGUUAUCCCACCCAAAGACUGGAAACCCAGAAAGACUUAUAACGAUAUUGAUGACCUGGUGAUCCCCGCUCCCAUUCAGCAGGUAGUGACCGGCCAGUCGGGGUUGUUCACCCAAUACAACAUCCAGAAGAAGCCCAUGACUGUCCUCGAGUUUCGCAAGACCUCCAAUAUGGAAAAGUUCUGCAAUCCCAGAUACGUGGAUUUCGACGAGCUGGAGAGGAAGUUUUGGAAGAACCUGACCUUUAACCCACCCCUUUAUGGAGCCGAUGUCAGUGGGACCCUGUACGACCCAGAUGUCGCUGAAUGGAACAUCGGCCGCCUCAACACCAUUCUGGACACGGUGGAGAACGAGAGCGGGAUCAAGAUCAAAGGAGUCAACACACCUUACCUGUACUUUGGGAUGUGGAAGAGUGCCUUUCCAUGGCACACAGAGGACAUGGAUCUGUACAGCAUCAACUACCUGCACUUUGGAGAGCCAAAGACCUGGUACGUCGUCCCACCAGAGCAUGGGAAACGACUGGAACGACUUGCCAAAGGUUUCUUUCCAGGGAAUGCUCAGGGCUGUGAAGCCUUCCUGCGCCAUAAGAUGACUUUAAUUUCACCCUCAAUUCUGAAGAAAUUUGGGAUACCAUUCGAGAAGGUCACUCAGGAGGCCGGGCAGUUUGUCGUGACGUUCCCAUUCGGUUACCAUGCUGGAUUCAACCACGGCUUCAACUGUGCAGAGUCGACCAACUUUGCCACCCAGCGAUGGAUUGAUUACGGCAAACAGGCGACACUGUGUUCCUGCCGUCAAGACAUGGUGAAGAUCUCUAUGGAUGUGUUUGUCCGCAAAUUUCAGCCCGACCGCUACAAGCUGUGGAAGGCCGGCAAAGACAACGCUGCCAUCGACCACUCCAAAGUCAUGCCGGAGCCUGCUGAGCUCCCAAGAGAAGAGAAGAGCGAGCCUCCCAAAAAACUCCCCAAAGAGCCUCCGAGGGAGGCUGGAUCAGAGGAGCCCGCUACUCCUGACCAGGAGGACAAAAGUCCGAAUCCUCAGACCGGAACAAAGCGUCAGUUCCAUGCUACCGAAGCCUCCGGAGACAUCAGAGCUGAGGUGCCUGUCAAGGAGACUGCGAUGGAAGGGGUGGAGCCAAAGAAGGCAAGGCUGUCACGCACAGACUCUCCAACAAAAGUCAAGCCAGACAAAGACACAGUGAAAGUAAAGACCGAGCCCAAGAAGGACAAAGACCCCAGGUCUCCGACUAAAUCUCCGUCCAAAGCCAGCACUAAGAAAACCUCAAACAGACAAAGUGCAUCAAAGAAAGAGAAGAACGGCCUGUUGGCUGCAUGUCCUCCUGAGCCAGCCGUGAGCCGGCCGCUGCAUUCGUUCUCCGAAGAGGAGGAGGAGGAGGAGGAGCAGGAACAGAAGCCGCAGCCUCAGCUGAGCAGCAGCUGCAGCCCGGCGCAUAAGCGCUUCCAGACGACGAUGAGCCCAGCGGACGUCCUGCAUGUUCAUAGUUACGCUAAAGGAGACUACGGAGAAGGAGAAGCUCCCCCCAUGAAGGACGACAAGAGUGACGGCAGUGAUGUUGAGACAGAGCUAGACAGCAGACAUGUUACCAAAGCACAGAUAGCAGAAGAGUCUGCCGGAGAAGGAGACCCAGGCAGUGAUCUAGGACAACUUCCAGGCCACCAUCCCCUCAUAAAGGACUGUAUGAGUGAUGAAGAGGCCACGGAGGAGGCCCCCCCAGCAGAGGAGGGUGCUUUGGAAGGGGAGAGCUGGACUAAACCUCUGGCUCACCUGUGGCAGAACAGACCUCCCAACCUGAAGAAAGAGAGAGUGUAUAACCAGUGCAUGGGAUCCAAAGCUCCGUAUUGCUGCAUCUGCACGCUCUUCCACACAUACCAGCAGACUGAAUGUGUGAGCAGAGACAGUCCUGUCAUGUUGGCCGGUGGGAGAAUGCGGACCAAGCCUCUGAUCCCGGAGAUGUGCUUCACCACCACCACAGAGGAGGACUCUGAGUGUGAGGAGCAGCGCGUCACACCUCACCUGGAGGAAGACGGAACCAGCCUCCUCAUCAGCUGCUCACAGUGCAGUAUCCGGGUCCACACCAGCUGUUACGGUGUAGAUCCUGCCAGUGUGAGCAAGGAGUGGAAAUGUGUGCGCUGCAAGGCCAACGCCAUGAAUGAGAAUUGCUGUUUGUGUUUGCUUAGAGGUGGAGCCUUGCAAAAAGCCAACAACAACAAGUGGGUACAUGUGCUGUGUGCAGUGGCUGUGCUGGAGGCACGCUUUGUCAACAUCACUGAAAGAAGUCCUGUGGACUUAAGUGGAAUCCCUUUGCAGAGAUUUAAACUGAAAUGUUACUACUGCAAGAAGAGGAUGAAGAAGGCGUCCGGCUGUUGCGUGCAGUGCUCCCACGGCCGCUGUCCCACCGCUUACCACCCCACCUGUGCCCAGGCCGCAGGAGUCCUCAUGCAGCCCGACGAGUGGCCCUUUGUGGUGCACGUCACCUGCUGUCGACACAAGGGCCCCACUCAGAUAGAGCGCAACAAAGCCACCAUGCACGAACUGACGGUGGGUCAGAAGGUGAUAUGCAAGCACAAGAAUGGCCGCUACUACCAGUGUGAUGUGGUGCAGCUGUCCAAGGAGACCUUCUACGAGGUGAACUUCGACGACGGCUCCUUCAGCGACAAUCUCUUCCCCGAAGACAUAGUUAGCCGAGACUGUGCUCAGCUUGGACCGCCACCCAAAGGUGAUGUGGUCCAGGUGAGAUGGACGGACAGCCUGGUGUACGGGGCCAAAUUUGUGGCAGCGCAUGCUAUCCACAUGUACCUGGUGGAAUUCGAGGAUGGGUCGCAGCUAACAGCCAAGAGAGAUGACGUCUACGCUCUGGACGAGGAGCUCCCUAAGAGAGUCAAAUCAAGACUGUCUAAAGCUUCAGACAUGCGAUUUGAUGGCAUCUUUGAAGGGAAGGAGAUCAUCAAGCAGUCAAAGAGGCAGAGAGUGAUCAACUCACGUUACAGGGGGGACUACAUAGAGCCUGUGAUCUACAGAGCCAUCAUGGAGUAGCUUCUGCUCACACACACACACACCAGCACUGACAGACUGAACGGCGCUCAAUGUAACCUUAACGUAGCAGCUAGCCACUGAGAGUGUAGCUCCAGAUGACUUGUGACUGUUCUCCUUUUUCUUUUGUCUCUCAUUCAUCUAACUAUGACAGUUAAUUGACAGCACCCAAAGAUAAAGCAGGAUUUGUAAUUCUUUUGUCCCCAAAAAGGAUUAACGGCAUCCCGCCCUGGCAUUACAUAAAAUGACAAAAGACAGAUACAAUUAAGAAGCAAAAACAUUUAGAUUUUAAUGUGAAAUUAACUGCUCUUAACUAAAUUCAAUUAAAUCUGCAGCGUACUUAUUUAGAAUUAAAUAUCGUAUCUCCAUUUUUAUUUCUAUCAGAGCUCGACAGGUAUCAGCUUCAGAUGGGUUUUUUUCCAGCUUGGCUAAAUAAAAACUUUCAAACUAACAUCCUUAUUGCAAUUAUUCUUUGAUUCCUGUUUUUUACUUUUUAUUUGACUAAUUUAUUAAUUCCAUCUAAAGACCUCCCCUGAUACCUGUCAGGCUCUGUAUUCUCAGCAGGCUAAAUCUGCUAUGAAUAUCACCAUGUGAUCUUUAAUUUUAGAGGAAGUCCUAAAAACUAGAUAUUGACAAAAAGCCCGUCUCCAGGCUGGAGUUUCAAUUUUACAGAAUGAUGGAUGGCCCUCAAUGUGUAGAACUACAGGGUGGAUUACCAUUAGCUGGCUUCCCUAAAUUAGCUUCACCCUAUUUUGCUGUAUCUACUUUAUUCAAAUAAAAUAAGAGUAGACCCAAUCCUAUCACUAGACGAGUAUAACCGUAAAGCACGCUGGAGUCAGCUAGCUGAGAGUUAGCUUUGGAGUUAGCUUUUUGUAAAACAAACAGAAAUCCGCAUUUUCUGUUGUGCUGAUGAAAACGGACAGAAAGCAGUAUAAUUUCCCAUUUUAUAUUCCUGGUGCUCCUGCCCACCGUCAGAGCAAAACAUUCCUUUACAUUUUAUACAAGCAAACCAACAAGAGCCCACCAUAGGAAAAUAGUGCUGUAUCCAACACAAAAGGGUACUAAAUGUGUCGGUAGCAUAGCUCUAUGCUAACGCUAUAAUUAUCAAUGACCUCCUCAACAAAUCCUUUUAAUCCCCUUUUAACAAUGGGAUUAUUCCCAUCCACCCUUCAUGAAAUAGUACCUGACCAUUUCUUGAAAGAAUUAAUCGUGUUUCUAAAGUACCAAUACCAAAUCCAUUCUUCUUUUGAUACUUUAAUAAAAUUGUAGAUUUUUACAUUUUUAAGGUUUUUUACAGCUGUGUGCAUGUGAAAAUACAGAAACACAAACAUAGGAUCAUUGAAAAGGUAAUCAUUUCAAUUUCUUUCUGAAACUAUCCGAUUAAAGAGGGCAGAGACAUGUCUGACCAGAUAGUCACGACAGCUCUUCAGUGAUCGGUGAUAAAGGACACAUUUUGGUUUGUACCCAAAGAAAUUCUGCACAACUAGCAUCUUUUGUUGAUCGGCCGGACAUGCUUUCAAUUCAUGACCUCUAUCACUGUAGAGUCACAGAAUAAUUCUUAAAUAAUAAUUCUCCCCUUUUCUCCGGGUUUGCAACUCGACCAUAAAACUGUGUUUUACAAUAUAUGAGUUGAGCUGAUUCUAGAUUGUACGGUGUAAAAAUCAAUUCAUUUGAAUGCUUAGUAUUGGACAUAUUCAGCUCCCGAGUGGGUUAUGACAUGAAAACGUUAUUACAGAAUAGUUCUGUUGUCUAAAAUAACAAUAACUUCACACAUGCGCAAGUAGAAGCAUGUACCACACCAUUCAACAUGAUUGUGACAAAUGGAUAUAAAAAGAGUAUAAAUAAUAUAAAUUUGGAAUAUUUCAUGUCAUUUAAUUCUGAUUCUUCUCUCAGCUCGAACUCCAUUCCUUUACCUUUUGAUUUAGACAAAGUGGGUGGGGCUUGUUCUAACCUGCCUAUUUAUUAAGGUGCUUUGAGAAGGUCACCACUGCCGAGGUUGAGGUUGAUGAUGUGGGCUUUAUUUUUUUUACAAUACAGACACAUUUUAAAGAACCGGUUCAGAUUUAUAACAGCGUUGUUUACCCAACUGUUCCCUCGCUCUCCUACUGAAAGUUGUGCAUUGCACUUUUAUUUAAGUUGUUUUUGAGGACGCUGGAAUUUUUUUUUACUUGAUGCCAUUGUGUAUUUGUAAAAGAAAGAGAAUGUUAACCGUAGGUUUGUAAAAUGUCUUACGGAUUGAGCGGCCUUUGAGCUCUUUGGUCUCAUUGCACUAGUUACCAGGACAUGGUGGGCUUGUGAGACACAGAGGAAUGGACCUUUUCCAGUUCAAGGACUCUGCUUUCAUCAGUCCAGUGGAGAAUGAAUUUAUUAUAUUCAUAAAGUAUUAAGAGAGUUGUACAUGGGGAGGGGGAUUUUCUAUUCUAUUUUACUGCGUUGUUUUGUAAAACAUGUUCUAUCUGUAUCUUUCACAGAAACCUGUCAAGUGUGAAUGUCAUGUAGUCUAUUUCAAGCGGAUUCGUGUUGCCCAGGAGAUGAGCUGUCUUUUCUCCUUGUCUCCUCCUGAGGAGAAUAAACUGAAGGAAUUUGUCAAAUGAAUUGGUUUGUUUCAGUAAAGAAAUGUUUUCUUCCAAUGCUAUUUGCCUGUCUCCACUCUCAAUGUCAUUUGAUUUUGCCAUAAUUUUCCUCUCUCAAUUGUGAAUCUAUUAGAUUUUGGUGGUCAUUGGGACCUACAAAACACGUCUUUAGCCCCAACCCCAACUGACGAAUAAAUAUUCUGAUUAUAAUAAAUAACAAUAGGCAAAAUGUAAAAACAUUUCUGAUUUUGGGAGGGGGGACCGAACAAAAAGGAAAUGCAUACUUCAAUAAUGUUACGCGUUUAUGCAGAUCUGAUACCUUAUAAAAUACAUUUUGAACA